AUGGAGGUGGAUGCAUUUAGACGCCUUUUCCCUCUACGCUUUCAUGAGCGCCACCUGCUCGAGUCAAUACGGCCUGAUGGUCGGCCUCUUGGAAGAGCUAGAGAUACAACAAUUGCCCUUGGAGCCGUUGCAUCUGCUAAUGGAUCAGCAUUAGCAAAGAUAGGUUGCACUACCAUGCUGGCUGCUGUUAAAUUGGAAGUCAUGACACCAAAGGCGGAGUCGCCUGAUGAGGGUUGCAUAGUUAUUGAUUUCCAUAUGCCUCCAAUUUGUUCUCCACUGGUUCGCCCUGGCAGACCAGCAGAGGCAGCACCAGUAAUAACGAAGCAAUUAACUGACAUCAUCCUGAGUUCUGGGAUGAUCGAUUUAAAAGAAUUAUCUUUGGUCAGUGGAAAAGCUGCUUGGAUGGCCUACCUGGACAUAUACUGUCUCGAUGCUGAUGGCGCCCUAUUUGAUGCGGCAUUGCUUUCUGCUGUGGCUGCAUUCUCACACUUGCAAAUUCCGGUAGUUUCUCUCAAUGAUAAUGGAAGAAUAGUUCUUCUUUCUGAGGAAAAUUCUGGUGCAAUGUGGGAAAAGGAGCCAGUGAAUAAAGAGAAGAGAAAGCUGAAGUUGGAUACUCUACCAUUCUCCUUGACAUGCGUGCUUCACAAGAACUACAUUCUGGCAGACCCUUCUGCCGAGGAAGAGUCUAUUAUGGAAACAUAUUUAACUGUGGUGUUGGAUUCGUCUAUGCAGCUCGUGUCUCUUAAUAAACCGGGUGGACCAGGUCUGGCUCAAACAUCAGCCAUCCAGGAUUGUGUAGCAUUAACAAUACAGAGAGUGAAAGAGCUUCAGAAGAUACUGAAUGAAGCAAUUUCUGAUAUGGAAGUGGACUAG